AUGGGUACUGUACAUCCACAGAACUCUGGAGUUGACUACUCUGGAGUUGACUACUCUGGAGUUGACUACUCUGGAGUUGACCACUCUGGAGUUGACUACUCUGGAGUUGACUACUCUGGAGUUGACUACUCUGGAGUUGACUACUCUGGAGUUGACUACUCUGGAGUUGACUACUCUGGAGUUGAAUACUCUGGAGUUGACUACUCUGGAGUUGACUACUCUGGAGUUGACUACUCUGGAGUUGACUACUCUGGAGUUGACUACUCUGGAAUUGACAAGGAGCUUUUGCAGUGGCAGCCUGACAGCAUCACACCAGGCGCCUGGUGCUCUCUUCCUGCCUCCACUGCCCCGCCUUCCACGUUCCACAUACCACCCGGUGAUGGCACCACUGACAGCACCAGCGGCACCACUGGCAGCACCAGCAGCAGCAGCAGCAGCAGCAGUGUUGGUGUUAUUGGCUGGCUGCAGCAGUUGCUAUCCCCUACACCGUGCAACCCUCAGAGGAGGAAGGCUAUCGUUGAUAACCCCUCUUCACUCACUCCUGCUGUAGUCACACCACGGGCAUGUAUCGCUGUUGAUGCUGGUACCGCUGCUGCUGCUGCUGCUGCUGCUGCUGCUGCUGCUGCUGCUGCUGCUGCUGCUGCUGCUGCUGCUGCUGCUGCUGCUGCUGCUGCUGCUGCUGCUGCUGCUGCUGCUGCUGCUGCUGGUGGUGGUGGUGCUGCUGCUGCUGGUGGUGGUGGUGCUGCCGCUGCUGCUGCUGCUGCUGCCGCUGCUGCUGCUGCUGCUGCUGCUGCUGCUGCUGCUGGUGCUGGUGGUGGUGGUGGUGGUGGUGCUGCUGUUGCUGCUGCUGCUACUGCUGCUAGUGCUGCUCUGGUGCUGCUUCACUCAUCCUUCCCAUGUUCGUGCCUCUAUUAUUAUCCCUCUUUUCGCCUCUAA